AUGUCCAUAUCACGAAAUAUUCUUUCAUGUACAGUUUGUCAAUCAUUGUUUGAUGAUGCAAGACAAUUACGAUGUGGUCAUUCAUUUUGUUAUAAAUGUAUUAUAUCUCAAUUUGAUAAAACAUCGAAUAGAAUCGUUUGCUCGAGAUGCAGACGUAUUCAUCAGUUUGAAUCAUUUUCACAUUUUGAAAUGAGUUUAAUUGUUGAUGCAUUUGUUAUGUCAUUGGUUAUGGAACAUCGACGUAAAACUACUAUUCAAUCAACACCAUUAUUAGCAUUUACACUUGAAGAAAUUCUUGAACGAAGUCCUGCACCAUUUCUUAUUGCAAAAUGUGCUGAAUGUACACUUCGUAAAGAACUUGUUGUUUGUCCUGAAUGUGAACAAGUAAUUUGUUUCGAAUGUAUUUCUCAACAUCAACUAGUUGUAAAUAAUCGUGUUCAACAAAAUUGGAUGACAUGUAAAGAUAUGUGGAAUACGAUUUAUGAAAAAUCGAUGUUAUUUGAUGAACAACAAUUUAAUCUUAAAUCUUAUACAGAUGAAUUAAAGUCUCGUAUUGAAAAACGUUCAAAUUUUCUAUUUGAAACGAUUGAAAAAUGGCGAAAUAUCUAUGAUAAUAAAAUCAAUCAAUAUUCAGAGGUAUCUAAUAUUAUUCGUCAAGAAAUAACAACACAAUAUCAAUUAAUUAAUCAACAUAUUCAAAUAUUUCUUAAUACCAAAGAUCCUGAUCCAAUCAAAGCUGAACAUUUUCUUCAAGAAAUUAAAGAUUUUAAAAUAAAAUUACGUCGACAAAUAAAACAAAUUGAUGAAUAUUCACAUAAACUUCCAACCUAUUCAAUAUUAAAUUUUGAUUCAUCUAUACUUGGUACUCUAUCUAUGCAAACAUCUAUGGACAAUCUUAAAACUAUCGUUGAUGACAAUAAUAAUGAAUAUCAUAUUGAAAUAGAAAACGAUAUAAAUGAUAAUGAAAGUACUAGUUCAAAUGAAAGUCAAGAAACAAUCCAUGAAAAUAGUAAUAUUCAAGAAGUUCAAGAAUCGAAUAGUCAAUCUCCACUGACCACAUUAGAAAAUAUUCCAAAUAAGAAACUUCUUUGGUCUUUACAUUUUAAAUUCGUACCACAAUAUAUUGCACUUUAUCGACAAUCGAUUUUAUUUGCAUCAGAUCGUUGGGGUUUUGUUAGCACAUGGACUUAUACAAAUGCACGUACAAAGCCUACACCGAAAAAAACGUUUGUUCUUUUUCCACAAUUUCGAGUUGGUACAUGGUCUCGUGUCUAUGUGGAAUCGUUUAGUGUUUAUAAACCAUAUAUAUGUGUUUUUGUUAAAGGAUCUGAUGAGUCACUUGCAAAUUUCAUUGCGUUUUUUACUCAUAGUGGACAAUUACAGAUGAAAGUUGAAUAUGAUCAUCGAUAUACACUUCGUCAAUUAAUAUGCGAUGAAAGUUCAAAAGGAAAUUGUAUAUGGGCUGUCGAUCGAGGCAUGCAUUGCAUUUAUAAACAUGAUUUACCACGAGUUAAUAAAGAAAUUAAACCAUUUUUAUCAACACAUAAGAUAGCAACACAUUUAAAUGAUCGAAGUUGUGAUGUUAUUCGUAUGGCUAUUAAUCAAAAUAUUCUCGCUUUACUUGAUUCACGAACACAAAUAGUAACAUUUUAUGAUAAAAGUACUCAAAAAGAAAUUGGUAUUUAUUCAGCUGAAUGUUUACCUACCGGUGAAAAUAAAUUAUGGCGUGUAGAAAUAUUUCCUGAUAACAGUCUUCUUCUACGUUUUGAUGAUGAUGAACGUACCGGUGAUCGUUCACAAGUUAUUCAUCAUAUUGUUGUACAUGUUAAAAAGAAUGAAGCAAAUAAAAAAUAUGAAGCUAUAUCGCAAAUUCAAGCAACUAAUGUUUAUGGUUUUGCAAUUGGUUCUGAUUCAGAAGUUAUUGUUGGUUUAAGAAAAUCAAAUUGUUUCGAAGGGCGUUUCAAUGAGGAAACAUUAACAUUAAUAUGUCCAAAAUGUGAAAAGCUUCAUCAAUAUAAAUCAGUAGAGGAAUUUCAUAAUCGAUGUAUGCGUGAUGGAUUUCUGGCAUCAAUGGUAACUCAAUUUAAACGAAGUCAAAGUCGUUCAUCAGCAACACCAUCAGCUUUAUCAUCACGUCCACCAUCUUCAUUUUCACAUACAUCAACAAUUCUUUCAUCAACACCAAUACCUCGUAUACGAGCACAAGAAAUAGAUAUAAAUAAUCAUGAUCAAUCAGGUUCUGAACGUUCAACACCAUCAGUUUUUAAUCAACAAAGACCAUCAUCUGUUGCACAACAAACAACAACACGUGCACUUAUUGCUAAAUGUCAAUCAUGCAAUAUACGAGGAGAAUUAAUUGUAUGUAGUCAUUGUGAUAAUGCUAUUUGUACUAAAUGUGCUGAUGAACAUCAGAGUGUUAUUAAUAGUGAUGUUAAACGAGAAUGGGAUUUAUGUAAAACACAAUUUGAAACAAUUAAUGAGAAAUCAACACGGUUUGAUCAAAAUGAAGAGGAAGUUAAUAAUAAAGCACGUAGUCUACAGACAUUUAUUAGUAAACAAAGUGGUAAAUUAAUACAAACAGUGGAACAUCAUAAAAAUACGUAUAUUGAUAUUAUUGAAAAACAUCUUCGAACUUAUAAACAAUCUUCUGCUCAUGAGCAAGUUGUUGAUGAAUAUGAAUCGAUUGAUAAACGUGUUGGAGAGUUAUUCAAGUCUGCUGAUAUCACUACUGAUAAAAUUAGUGAUUUUUUAUUUGAAAUUGAACAUCUUGAAGGUCGAUUAGAUAGUUUAAAUAAAAUUCUCGAUUCAAGUCAAUUAAAAUUUCCUUUACUCACAUUACCUGAACAAGUCAAUAUAUCAUCACUUUUUGGUACUCUUCAAUUUGCUCAAUUAAAUACUGAAUCACCUACAUGUGAUCAAUAUUCCUUACCAAUUACAAAUGGUUAUUAUGAUUCACAAAUAAAAUCUGAAGAUGAAGAUUAUGUUGUUAUUGGUUCAUCAAAUCAUAAUCAUUUCAAAAAUAUUUUAUCAAAUCCAAUCGAACAAAUUUCAUCAUUAUCAUCUAUUUCAAAUAUACCAAAAAAAAAACUUUUAUGGCAAAUUGAUUAUUUUUCUGUUCCAUAUUAUGUUCGGACAUAUGGAAACCAAUUAUUUAUUUGUGAUAAAUAUGGUUCAUUAGCAAUAUACAAAUUAAGUAAAGCUAAUGAUAUUCGACAAAAACCAAGUUUAGUUCGUGAAAUAAAAUUAUUUAAAGAUUUCUCAACAUUAACGGCAACUGAUGAUGAUCAAACAAUAAUUGAUUCAUUUGUUGUUUAUAAAUUAUGGAUCAUUGUAUUUAAACGUAAAAAAAAUGAAUUACAUGGUACUAUUUAUUUAUUUACACAUGAUGGUAAACCGAUACACAAAGGUAAAUGUAUACAUAAUUACCCAUCACGUGAAUUAACAAUGGAUACAGAAAAAAAUAUACUAUGGUCAUUAGAUCAAAAACAACUUUGCCUUUUUUAUUAUGUUUUACCGGAUACAGAACCAACUAAUCAUGAAGAAUAUUUUCAGAAUCGUCAUUCACAUGUACAAUUUUCUAAACCAUUCGCACCAAUACAUAUAUCUGUUAAUAAAAAUGUUUUAGCUGUCUUAGAUAAAAAUCGACAAGCUGUACAUGUUUAUGAUAAAAAAACUAAACAAGAAUUAUAUGAACAUGUUAAUAUAUAUGGUAAUUCAACACAUUUUUGUUGGGAUAUGGCAUUAUUUUCUGAUAAUAGUUUACUUAUAAAACUUGAUGAAAUGAGUACAUUAAAAUCUGGACCAUCAAAACAUAUCUAUUUACAACUUGAUACAACAAAAAAACAUAAUAUUAUUGGAACAAUUGAAGAAACCGAUGCAUAUGGAAUGAUGAUCACGACAACAGAUGAAAUUCUUAUUGGUGUUAGAAUAAAUACAAAAGGCAUUGUCAAAUGUUAUAUUUAA